AUGGCGGCCCCGGCGAGCGGCGGGGGCUCCGCGGUGUCGGUGCUGGCCCCGAACGGGCGGCGCCACACGGUGAAGGUGACGCCGAGCACCGUGCUGCUGCAGGUUCUGGAGGACACUUGCCAGCGGCAGGACUUCAACCCCAGUGAAUAUGAUCUGAAGUUUCAGAGGAGUGUGCUCGACCUCUCUCUGCAGUGGAGGUUCGCCAACCUGCCCAAUAAUGCCAAGCUGGAGAUGGUGCCUGCAUCCCGCAGCCGCGUGGGGCCUGAGAACACGGUUCGCAUCGCUCUGCAGCUGGAUGACGGCUCCCGCUUACAGGACACUUUUUGCUCAGGCCAGACGCUCUGGGAGCUUCUCAGCCGUUUCCCGCAGACCAGGGCGUGUCUGGAGCAAUCAUGGGAGGCCAGUCCGGUCUGCGUGUACAUGAGGGAUGAGGUGGCUGGCAGAGCUGCCCUUCAGAGCACGACGCUGCAGUCCCUGGGCCUCAGCGGGGGCAGCGCCAUCAUCAGGUUUGCCAUGAGGCAGUGUGACUCGGCCGUCCAGCAGGAGCCCGGGGUCUCCUGGAGCAAAAGCCCAGGCAGCCCGACCCCUUCCCUGUCGGCUGAGCAGGCAGCCGGCAGCCCUCUGCUGCCCCUGGACUCUGCCGGGCUCAGCCGGGGCGACGUGAGCCGUCAGGACGAAGUGGGUGCCCAGGAGAAGCAGAUCCCCAAGGAGCCCAUCCCUGGCCCCUUUGUGCCUUUUUCUGGAGGGGGACAGCGCCUGGGGGGCCCCUGCGGGUCUGCGAGGUGUCUGAUGUCACCAUCAGCCAAACUGCCCAAGACCUUCUCCAGCCCUGGAGGCCCCUCCAAGCCAAAGAAGUCAAGGCCCCUACCGGAGCCGGAGCCGCCGGUAGACCGGGACCCGGUGGUGUGCCACCCUGACCUGGAGGAGCUGCUCCAGGCCUGGCCCGAAGAGCUGCCUGACCAGUUCUUCGAGGUGACCGUGGAUGACGUGCGAAGACGCUUGGCCCAGCUCAAGAGUGAGCGGAAGCGCUUGGAAGAAGCCCCUUUAGUGACCAAGGCCUUCAAGGAGGCUCAGAUGAAGGAGAAGCUGGAGCGAUACCCUAAGGUGGUCCUGAGGGUCCUGUUCCCUGACCGACACAUCCUGCAGGGCUUCUUCCGCCCCAGUGAGACAGUGGGGGACCUGCGGGACUUCGUGAAGAGCCACCUGGGGAACCCCGAGCUGCCCUUCCACCUGUUCAUCACUCCUCCGAAAACCACCCUGGAGGACCACACGCUGACCCUCUUCCAGGCAAACCUCUUCCCUGCUGCUCUGGUGCACUUUGGAGCUGAGGAGCCAACAGAUGUCUACCUGGAGCCGAGGCUGCUGGAACACACCGUCCCCCCAUCUGCAGCUGAUGUGCUGGCGACCAGGUGCAUGUCCAGGGCCGCUGUGCCCCCACCCCUGCUGCCAGCCCCCGGCCCCAUGCCCCUUGAGUUGGAGACAGCUGCUGAGGAGGGUGCAGUGGGGCCCCCUGAGCCCAGCCCUGGGACAGCCCAGCCCUUGAGGAGGGAUCUGGGCAAGGUGCCCAAAUGGCUGAAGCUGCCAGCCAGCAAGAGGUGAGAGCCACCAGCUGGAGGUGCCCACUUGGCCAGUGACAGGACCCCUCCCCACCCUGAGUGUGAAUAAAGACUCCAGCAUCUCCGAGA